GCUGUUGUCUCCACCUCUCUCUCAGCAUUUGCCAGCAUUUUUCUCUCUCUCUAUCUCUAUAGGCUAUUCAUAGCAGGCAGGGCGGGGAGAGUUUGAGAUUGAUCGAUAUUCUUCGGUUUUUACCGUGAUUGAAUUGAAUAUGGAUGUUCCAAGCCUGGUUGUGGUUCUCAAACGUGCUGCCAGUCACAAUCCUGAUGAAAUCAAGGCUGCUGAGCAUAUUCUCAAUCAGGUCCAGUACACACAACAGCAUAUUGUGAGGUUGCUGCAUAUAAUAUUGGAUGGGUCCUCUGAUAACGAAGUCCGGCAUUCAGCAAGUAUUAAUUUUAAGAACUUCACUACCAAGAAUUGGUCUCCUCACAAUCCAGGGGAGCAAUCAAAAAUUCUGCCUGGUGACAAGGAAUUGGUUAGGCAAAAUAUCCUUAAUUGUGUUGCUCAGGUGCCUCCACUGUUGAGAGUGCAGCUGGGGGUAAGCCUGAAGACUAUCAUUGAUGCAGACUACCCUGAGCAGUGGCCAAGCCUUUUACCCUGGGUAAAGGAAAAUUUGCAGGCAAUGCAGGAACAAAAAGCUUAUGGAGCUUUGUUUGUUCUUCGGAUUCUCUCAAGAAAAUAUGAGUUCAAAUCAGAUGAAGAAAGAGCUCCUGUGCACCACAUUGUUGAGGAAACUUUCCCAUAUCUCCUGAACAUAUUCAGGGGGCUUGUUCAAAUUGAGAAUCCUAAAGUUGAAGUGGCAGAGCUGAUCAGGCUUAUCUGCAAAAUAUUCUGGUCAUCUAUAUAUUUGGAGAUUCCAAGGCAGUUGUUUGAUCCAAAUACUUUUAAUUCAUGGAUGGUUCUUUUCUUGAGUAUGCUGGAGAGGCCUGUUCCCUUGGAAGGCCAGCCAGCUGAUCCUGAGCUAAGAAAAUCAUGGGGAUGGUGGAAGGUGAAAAAGUGGACGGUGCACAUUUUAUACCGUCUAUACACCAGGUUUGGAGAUCUGAAACUUAAAAAUCCGGAAAAUAAAGCUUUCGCCCAGAUGUUUCAGAACUAUGCUGGAAAAGUUCUCGAGUGCCAUCUUAAUCUUUUGAAUGUUAUCCGCACCGGUGGAUAUUUACCUGAUAGGGUGGCAAACCUUAUCUUGCAAUAUUUAUCUAACAGUAUUUCAAAGAAUAACAUGUACAAUCUGCUUCAGCCACAGCUCGAUGUUCUUCUUUUUGAAAUUGUGUUCCCUCUGAUGUGCUUUAAUGAUAAUGAUCAAAAUCUGUGGAAUGAAGACCCUCAUGAGUAUGUCCGAAAAGGCUAUGAUAUAAUUGAGGAUCUAUAUAAUCCUAAAACUGCUGCCAUGGAUUUUGUUAGCGAGUUGGUAAGAAAGCGUGGCAAAGACAACCUUCAAAAGUUUGUCUUCUUCAUUGUUGACAUCUUUAAGAGAUAUGAUGCAUCAGCACCAGAAUACAAAUCCUUCAGGCAAAAGGAUGGUGCCCUCCUUGCAAUUGGGAUACUAUGUGAUAAACUGAAACAAACUGAGCCGUACAAGUCUGAGCUUGAGCGGAUGCUUUUACAGCAUGUAUUUCCAGAAUUUAGCAGUCCUGUUGGUCAUCUUCGAGCCAAGGCAGCGUGGGUUGCUGGGCAAUAUGCUCAUAUUGAAUUCUCAGAUGCUAGUAAUUUUGUUAAAGCAUUACAUAGUGUUGUUGCUGGAAUGCGUGAUCCUGAACUUCCUGUACGGGUUGAUUCUGUGUUUGCCUUGCGUUCCUUUAUUGAUGCAUGUGAAGAUUUGGAUGUAAUCCGCCCUAUACUUCCUCAGUUACUUGAUGAGUUCUUCAAACUUAUGAAUGAAGUUGAGAAUGAAGAUCUUGUUUCGACCCUCGAGACGAUUGUUGACAAGUUUGGCGAGGAGAUGGCUCCUUAUGCUCUUGGAUUAUGCCAGAAUCUGGCUGCUGCAUUUUGGAAAUGUAUAAACACCGCGGAAGCUGAUGAUGAAGCUGAUGACCCUGGUGCCUUAGCUGCAGUUGGUUGUUUGCGUGCCAUAAGCACAAUCCUUGAGUCAGUGAGUCGGCUUCCACAUCUUUUUGAACAGAUUGAGCCAACACUUUUCCCUAUCAUGCGUAGGAUGCUUACGUCUGACGGACAAGAUGUCUAUGAAGAGGUUCUGGAGAUUGUUUCUUAUAUGACAUUUUACUCGCCAAAAAUAUCAAUGAACAUGUGGAGUCUCUGGCCAUUAAUGAUGGAGGCCCUUGCAGACUGGGCUAUUGAUUAUUUCCCAAACAUAUUGGUUCCAUUGGACAACUAUAUAUCGAGGAGCACUGAACAUUUCCUUACUUGCAAGGAACCAGACUACCAGCAAAGCCUUUGGAACAUGAUCUCAACUAUCAUGGCUGACAAAGACUUAGAAGAUAGUGACAUUGAGUCUGCGCCUAAGCUCAUUGAAGUUCUAUUCCAGAACUGCAAAGGACAGGUCGAUCACUGGGUUGAGCCAUAUCUCAGAAUCUCAAUAGAACGUCUGCAUCGAAGUGAAACACCAUACUUGAAGUGCCUCCUGAUCCAAGUGAUUGCUGAUGCUCUUUACUAUAACCCUUCAUUUACGCUGAGCAUACUGCAAAAGCUUGGUGUUGCUACAGAGAUCUUCAAUCUUUGGUUCCAUAUGCUACAACAAACUAAAAAAAGUGGAGCUCGGGCUAAUUUUAAAAGGGAGCAUGAGAAGAAGGUUUGCUGCUUGGGCUUGACAUCAUUGCUUAGUCUUCCUGCUGAUCAAAUGCCAGCAGCAGCCUUAGAGGGCAUUUUUAAGGCUAUUCUUGAUCUCCUUGUUGCAUACAAGGAUCAACUUGCUGAAGCUGCAAAGGCAGAUGAAGAUGAAGAUGAGAUCGAAAUAGAUGGGUUUCAAAGUGACGAUGACGAGUCUGAUAGAGACAUGGCGGAUGAGGAUGAGGAUGGAGAUGAAGCUGACAGCAAGCUCCAAAAGUUGGCAGCACAGGCGAGUGCUUUCCGCGCCAUUGAUGACGAGGAUGACUCGUCUGAUGAUGAUUUCAGUGACGACGAAGAGCUGCAGUCACCCAUUGAUGAGGUGGACCCGUUUAUUCUCUUCGUUGAUUCCAUCAAAGUUCUUCAAGCUUCUGAUCCGGUGAGGUUCCAAACCGUCACCCAGGCUUUGGAUUUUCGAUAUCAAGCCCUGGCAAAUGGCAUUGCUCAGCAUGCUGAGCAGAGAAAAGUGGAGAUAGAGAAAGAAAAACUGGAGAAGGCAUUAGCUUGCUGAGCCAGAGAGAAGUUCAAAGGGUGCUUGUGGGAUGCUGUGGCUGCUUCCCAUAUUUUUUUUUCAACAUUGGAGGGAAUAGGGUAGUCAAAGUGUGUUUGGGGGUGGGGAUUGGGGGUGUGGAGCUCUUCUACAUCAGAAGAUGUCUCUUAUACUUUUUGGAUACACUCUUGUUUUAUUUAUUUAUUUAUACACAUGAAAACAAGUCAGGGUUUUAUAAGCACCCUUUAUUAUUUUUUUAUUUUUCAUUCUAUUAUUAGGGCAAAUGAUGUGGUCUAGUUUGUGGGAUUUACCCUACAAUUUUCAAUCUUAGAUUUAUUGAAUAUGAGGUUGUAUGAUUUUGCUAAUGGGAAAUCCCCUACUCGCAAUAUAUUUAUUUGUUACUUCCAUUU